AUGUCAAGCAAUAACGCUAGCGCUGGGGUUUCCGGAUUGGCAGGAAUCACCACUGACGAUCAAACCAAUGCUGCACAACGUCGAGCCCAAGGUGAAUUCGUCCGAGGCGUCUCCUCGGCACGCAACUGGAUAUCUACUACCCAAGAACCAACCGCCGAAGAAAAGGCCGAUGGUGCGAUUUGGUACAAACCUGCCAAGGGCCGCUACCACAUGUACGUAGCUUACAACUGUCCUUGGUGUCAUCGUGUCUUGUUGGCACGAUCAAUGUUGGGAUUGGAAGAUGUCAUCACCGUUGACGUCUUGUAUCCAAAUCGAAGUGACGAUGACGAGCCUUUGGGUGGUAAUUUGUGGAAGUUUUGUCCUCAAGGACAGGUCGGUCGCAAUGGCAAGCACAUGGUAUUCCCAGAAUGUACGGUUGACACUGUUCUUGGAAAAGACUAUGUCAUUGAAGUGUACAAGCUUGCUGGCAUUACGGAUCAAAAGUCAGUCCCGAUUUUGUUUGACAAGGAAACCAAGACCGUCGUCAACAACGAGUCGGCUGAAAUUGUCCGCAUGUUGGGAACAGCCAUGAAGGAGUUUCAGACAACUGAUAUCGACUUGUACCCAGAGGAGAAGCGGUCACAAAUUGAUGAAAUGAACGAUUGGGUCUACAAGGAAAUUGCCAAUGGAUCCUACAAGGCCGGUUUCUCGUCCAACCAAGAUGUCUAUGAAACUGCCUACAAGAACUACUUCGAGGCUUUGGACAAGCUCGAAGAUAUUUUUUCCAAGAACAAAUUCUUGGUAGGCACUGACAAGCCUACUGAGGCAGAUUUGCGACUCUUGCCUCCUCUAUUUCGACAUGACCCCGUCUAUUACAAUCGCUUCAAACUGAACAAGAAAUAUCUUUGGGAAUACCCUAACAUUUGGCGAUGGAUGGGUGAUAUGACGACUUGCGCACCACAAAUGGAACCAGUGACCAGUGCCGGUUACUUGGCUCACUGCAAACAAGGUUACUUUGGCAGAACUGGAAAUGGAACCAUUCCAGUGGGUCCCGAAGGUUAUCCCGAAUGCUACAAGAAUCCCAGCUUUAAAGGCAACUAA